AAGCCCAAUAUGGCAGCAGCGCUGGCGGGGGGUGCAGGGGUUGCUGUGGUGGGGGUUGUUCGCACUUAGGGCUCCUUCGUCUGCCUCCGCCUGCCCCCCGGCCUCCCGCACGGACGGAGCACCCCGGGUACCUCCGAGUCAGCUGCGCCCUGCCGCGUCCGACAUGAGGGAGAAGGGCCGCAGGAAGAAGGGCAGGACCUGGGCAGAGGCCGCCCGGACGGUCCUGGAGAAAUAUCCUAAUACACCUAUGAGCCAUAAAGAGAUCCUGCAAGUUAUCCAGAAAGAAGGACUUAAAGAAAUCAGAAGUGGGACUUCUCCUCUUGCCUGCCUGAAUGCCAUGUUACACACAAACUCCCGAGGGGAAGAGGGCAUUUUCUAUAAGGUCCCAGGGCGCAUGGGAGUGUACACUUUGAAGAAGGAUGUUCCAGAUGGGUUGAAGGAGCUCUCAGAUGGCUCAGAGGAGAGCAGUGAUGCCCAGUCUGACUCUCAGAGCUCAGAGAACAGCAGCAGCAGCAGUGAUGGGUGCAGUAACAAAGAUGGGAAGAAAAGCAGAUGGAAACGGAAAGUGUCAUCUAGACUGUCACAGACAUCCUCUCCUCAGUCAGGCUGCCAGUCCCCUUCCAUCCAGGCAGGCAAAGUCAUCUCCUCAUCCCAGAAGCAUAGCAAGAAGGCACUCAAACAGGCCUUGAAGCAGCAGCAGCAGAAGCAGCAAUGCAGAGCAGGCAUGCCUGUGUCAUCUAACCAGCACGUCCUUCUGAAGGCUGUCAAGGCAGCCAGCGAAUCCACACCUGCAAAAUCUGCUUGGGAAGGAAAGCAGUCAGAUGGACAGUCGAGCAGCCCUCAGAACUCCACCUCUGGUUCCUCUCCCUCUGUUAAGCUUGAUAACUCCUUGCCAGGGCUGGGGAAGAAACCAUUCCAGAGAUCUGACAGGCUCCACGCAAGGCAGCUGAAAAGAACAAAGUGUGCUGAAAUUGAUGUGGAAACUCCUGACUCCAUCCUCGUGAACACCAACCUGCGAGCGCUGAUCAACAAGCACACGUUCUCCGUCCUGCCUACAGAAUGCCAGCAGCGCCUGCUGCUGCUGCUGCCCGAGGUGGAUAGGCAGGUUGGGGCAGAUGGUUUGAUGAAGCUCAGUGGCUCUGCACUCAACAACGAGUUCUUCACCUCAGCUGCCCAGGGCUGGAAGGAGAGGUUGUCAGAAGGUGAGUUUACACCGGAAAUGCAGCUAAGAAUACGACAAGAAAUAGAAAAGGAAAAGAAGGUUGAGCUGUGGAAGGAACAUUUUUUUGAGAGCUACUAUGGACAGAGUUCUGGGCUAAGUCCUGAAGAGUCCAAGAGACUGAUAGCAAACACCGGCCCUGCUGAGACAGAGACUGAAAAUCUAGCAGCUGAGCCACCAAAAUGCCCGCCAGCCUCUCUCAUCCCACUCAAAGAGGAGAUGACCUCUCCAUUAGAAUCUAAAGCACAAGCAGUCCAGGAAGCACCAGUGAUGAAAAAAGGAGGGGAGGAGAGAAGGGAGGACGUGCAGGCAAAACCAGCCAAACCUGCAGAGGCUUCAGUCUCCCCUAGUGGGUGUGCAGUGAAAUCCAGUGACCAUUCCCUGCCUUUAAAAGAGAGAGUUCAAGGAGAGUCCCUUCAAGAGAAGCCACAAAUUGCCAGCAGUCAAAAGGCAGACGAGAGAAAGCACCCUGCCUCAAAGGAAGUGCUGGGCAAAGAGACUGCCAGUGCCUCAGGUGUGGCCCCAAGUAAACCAAAGAGCCCCGAAGCAGGUGAAGUAGUAGUAAACAUGAAAAGCCCUAUGAUGACUCCAGAAACACAAGAAAAGAAGCCCUCAGUAAAUGAAGACAUGGAAGUGAGUGUGGAAGCCCCCAAGAGGAAGUCAGAGUCUAGGGAAGAAGCUUCAACCACUCCUGAAAAGAAGCCGCGGAUCAUGGAGACCUGUCAGCACCAUCAGGCGUUUCGGAGCCAGGCACAGCCCUUUCCUGCUGCGGGGACCCCAGUGCCACGUGUACCCCCACUCAAGAUUCCCGUUUCCAGAAUCUCCCCAAUGCCAUUUCCUGCGGGCCAGGUCUCUCCCAGGGCACGUUUCCCAGUCUCACUUACCAGUCCGGGAAGAAGGGGAGCCAGAACUUUGGCAGACAUCAAGGCAAAAGCCCAGCAAGCCAAGGCUCAGAGGGCAGCAGCCGCUGCCGCCGCCGCCACCGCUGCUGCUGCUGCUGCCGCCUCGACAGGGGGGGCUGUCCCAGGGCCUGGACCAGGCGGUGGUGGGGGCCCACCGGGUGGUGGAGGAGAGAAGAGUAACACAGCAGCAAGUGGAGCCACCCAGACUGGAACUCGAGGAAAUGUACUGGAACUGGCAGGAACUGGAAGCGGGGGAAGUUCGAGAAGGUUUCUUGCCCACUGUCCAGGGAGCUGUCCUCACAUGGAGACCCAGGCCACAGACCAGGCACCCCCUCACCAUCCUCCUAGAGCACAACUACAGCAAACUCCCACCCUGCAGUCCAGAGCUCCAGCCAGCAAUACAGGCACCGGCUCCUCCUCACCAGCAGCAGCGGCCCUAGAGAGUAUCAACAGAACAAAACCAAGCACCCCCAGUGCGACCAUAAAUCAGGUGUCAGGCUCCCUGUGCAUGGGCAGCAGGGAAAAACAAGAGAAAGCACCUCCUGCUCCAGCAGGCCCAAGCCAGGGCUGUGGGACAGCAGCAGUCCGGGAUGGAGCAGCCUGCGUCACUAUGGCCACAGCAGAUGCCAACACAAGUGUAACUAAGGUAGCACCGACGGCCUUAGGAGGGACCAGCUUAGAUGUCUGUAAAAGCAAAUCUCCUUCCCCUCUGGUGUCUUCACUAACAUCCAUGAGCUCAGAAGAGCAGGCUGGAAGUGUAGUCACAUCCACAACGUCUGUCCCACCCUCUAAUACAUCAUCAGUGGCACCUAGCCUUAAAACUCAUCCAAGUUCAUGCUCAAGUGGGGCCCCCCCAAAGCCAAGCUCCAGUAUUCCUGCUAAUAACCCUUUAGUCACCCAGCUUCUUCAAGGCAAGAACGUCCCUCUGGAGCAAAUCCUGCCGAAGGCUCUCACCAAAGUAGAAAAGAAAACUGUCCUGUUAGCUUCCCAUGAAGAAAAAGGGGCAGAUAGUAGUGCAGGUGUAGCUGGGAGCGGCACUGGAACUGAGGGUGGUGAAGGGCAAUCAAGUUUACCCACACAACAGCUUGGGAAGGUCUUCUGCCAGAACAGGCCUCUGCCUCACAUUCCAAGGACCUUUCCACUCCCCUCGGGAAAGGACCCCAAUGUUGACCAGCACCAGGGCCGUGAGGCACUCAGCAAAACCACACAAGAGCAGAUCCUCCAGACCCUCAUCAAUAGGGUCCAGAGGCAGAAUUUGUUGCCAGUCCUCCAGCCCUCACAACUGAACCUCCCUCCUUCAGGUUUCCAGUUAGAAAACAGCUCUGCCAGCCAGAGGUUUAUGUUAGGCUUUAUGGGCAGGAGGACAUCCAAGCCUGCCAUGUCUGGUCAUUAUCUGCUCAACAUUUCCACCUAUGGCCGCGGCUCAGAGAGUUUGAGGAGAAGCUUCUUCUUGAACCCUGAAAACCGCUUCUGUCUGAACAGUCCUGCUGAUGCUCCAAAACCAGAAUUUGGGGAAUGUGAAGAGGCUGGCCAUGGCAGCAGCAGUGAUGAAGGAGAGGCAGAUGAUGAGAGUACUGGUGAUGAACAUGAACAGACCGAUGUGAAAGAGGAGCCCCAGGCCUCACAGGUGUCUGGCCAGUGUGAAAAAGAGCAGGUCUCACAUGGCAUAAAUUCUUCUGAUUACAGCACCUUUGCUAAAAAGGGUGUAAAGGCAGAAGCAGCCACAUCCCAGCAGACAGCAGGCAACAAGGAGAACAUUCAGGCAUUUGAUGGAACUAUGCUAGCACGAGACUUCAUUCAGGCCGCUCAAGAGCAAGUGGCACAUGCGAUGAGGGGGAAAAUGCACAGCAACCCGGAGCUGUUCAGUACUCCUGUGCCGUCCUCAGACUCUGCGCCACAGCAGCCUCCGCUGCUUUCCCCACCGCACCCUCCAAAGCUCUCUCCGAGUGCUGCAGCGCAGCUCAUUGGGCCCAGUUACAGUGGCACAAUAAACGUCUCCACCUCCCCAGACGUGAACCAGGGCUCGCUCAUGACCGGGCUGUCUGACUGCAACCAGUUGUCCAGUAGCAUGGGGAACGUCAUGUCCUUCUCAGUGACUGUAACCACCAUCCCCACCAGCCAGGCUGUGAACUCUGGCAACCACAGUCAGACCAUCCCUGUUCAAGCCUUCGCUGAAGACAGCAGCAUGGAGGAUUCCCCUUCCAAAUGUUACUGCAGGUUGAAAGCCAUGAUCAUGUGCAAGGGCUGCGGGGCCUUCUGCCAUGAUGACUGCAUCGGCCCCUCUAAGCUCUGUGUCUCCUGCCUUGUCGUGCGGUAACCGGGACGGGAAGUGGGGAGGAGGAGAAUGGCUUGAUUUUGGUUUUGCUUUUGGAAGUAAAUGGGGAAGAAACAGGAAAUUUACUGCCUUGCACAAGAGACACGUUACUGAAUCAGGAAUACAGAGUAGAGUUCUUCUUUCAUUAAAGAAAGAGCACCUUCUUGUACAGUGAGUCUAAAUUGAGCUCAACUACGUGAAUUGUGACAAGAGUUUGCACUUAAGGAAUUAUGUAAAUAUGUCACAUUAUUUUGUUUAAAAAUAUUUUUUCAAUCUUUUAGGAGAUAAGUGUUUGACUUGUACUGCAGUUUCAUUAACCCCAGCCUGCUCUCCGGCACGUUUGCUGAGCUCUGCUCUAGAUGGGGGAAUGACCCCCCCGGCAAAACCUUAGCCUGUUGUUGGUCUUCUCUUGACAAAGAGUAGACCAGGAUAGUCAAGAAACACAAUUUUUGUACUGACUGAUGACAGAGCAUCGAAGCAAGAGCUCUGCACGGGCUUGCUCACCAGCUCUAAAUCCAAGUUCCCAUUUUUCAGAUGUGGGAGGCAUUAACAUUGUGCCAGCCUUUCACCUCUGACUUGGCUGUUUCCGGAAGGCAUACUGGGUUGUGCAAUAUUGGCUGAUGGGUUUGAUUGGCAUAUCCUCUCCUCUUCAAGGGGUCAGUUGCAGUAACCUUGUUUGAAGGAAGGUAGUGUCUGAUUUGCUACUGGUAAAGACUGAAAAAAUAGCAACUGUACUAACCAUAGGAUUCAAGAAUUUCAAUCACUAAAACAACUCAGUGACCAUGAUUAUCAGUAAAUCCCAGGAACCAUUUAAAGCAGAGAUCAUGAAUAUGUGCUGAACUGCCUUUCAGGCUGUCAGGACUCAGCAGAAAUGUGCUCUCUGAGGUGUUUCCAGGGAGCUGGCAAGAGCCGUCCCACAGUCAAGAGCUGUGUCAGUGUGUGAUGCGAGUGAGGAGCCCCAAGCUCAGUCCUGCUGCUUUCUGGGAAGCUUGCUGUGCUCCUCCAGACCUCCACCACAGCCAGAUGUCUCUCAUUUCUAUAGAGGGUUUUAUAUUUAGCUACGUAUAGGAAAAGGAAAACAAGUGUCUUGUUGGGCCUCACUGUUGCCCACUGUGGGUGUCUCUUUGUGUUUUAACAUACCAAAUCAGGCUCGAAUCGGCGCAGAUUUGCUCAGCUGAGGUUUCGGGUUGUAUGGGGCUGGGGAGGAGGCUGUGCCCCCUGCCUCAGCCCAGUCUGGAAUAUCGCUAGUGAUGCUCAUCCUCACUUCCAGUGUUCAGGAAUUCAUUCAGUUUGGUUAAUUGAAAUUAAAGCCAUUACAAAAUGGUACUCUGUUCUCAACAAGUGGCUCCAGGCUGGCUAAUGAAGCAUAUGCCGACCUGCAUUUUAAUGUACCGCAACACAUCCACAUCACAUCGAGGAUCUGUGUAGUGUUUCUCUUCCGAAACACAGAACAUCAGGUUCACUGAUCACAUCCAGUCCCAUGUUGUCACUGUUGGGGGCGGGUGGGGGCCAUACUGCAUCUUGGUCAGGUAACAGAUCUGUGUAUGUUUUUGAUGGAAAAGCACUGAAUUCACUUUUAAUCCAAAGGCCUUUUUAAGAUGAAGCAAUAUAAACAAAAUAGGUGGGACAGCUGUUUUGUGAGCGCGGGUCAUCAGCCUGCCUUUCCUCUCCCCAUUUGACUUAUACUACUGCUUUCCCAUUUCCCUUCUCUCACAUUGUUGGUAGAGCCCAGAGAUACUCCCCUUGAAGCAGUGUGUUUUUCCAAGGAGAGCUGGUGAUUUAUUUGGUAACGAUAAGGAAUAACAAGUUGCAGAUUUAAUCAUAGCAGAAGUGUUUCCUUCCCUGCCCAGCAGAGCGUGACCCCCUAGGGCAGGAUUAGUGGGCGUGAGGUGGCAGCAGCUGCAGCGUAGCUUGAUCUCCAUUUUGCUCAUCUUAUAUUUAGUGGGGAGCAGCAACCCAGCUUUCUAAUUGCACAUCACUGCUCAGACCCCCAGCAGUGCAGAGGAGUCAGGUGUUAGAAAUAAAGUCUAUAUUUUUAAUCCAAACUGAAAUCUCAGAAAGGAUCACAUAAAAAAUUGCUGUCAUGUGCAUGCUGCACAUAUGCCAGUAGUGGCUGUAGCCCAGGAAACACUCCCUGGUCUGUGUGUGCAUGGGUGGAGCAGCAAAUGUGGGUUCCUUCUCCUGUUGUUACUCUGUUGUUACCCUGUUGUGCUGUCAGGGGGAUAGCUCCUUCCCUGGGUGGUCAUGUCCAUUGGCACCGAUUUGGAGGUCAGCCAUUACUGCCUGCUUCCAUCACUUCUUCUGUAACAGGAAUUUCUGCUACUUUAAAUCUCAGAUGCAGUGUUGAAAGGUUUCAAGUUGCUAUCCCUGGGCAGUGCAGGACUGAGAGCAGGGUCUGUCUCUUGUUAGUGCCUCAUCUAGGCCUGAAAGAACUUACAGUGGUGUAAUCCUUGGGCAGACACAUCCAUUCCUGUUCAAGACAGAUCUCCCAGUAUAACCUAAUUUAAAGACUGUUGCUAGUUACAAAUAAAAUGAAAAGUCAUUCUUGUCUCAAAUAAAAGUAAAGAGGUUUUGCUGGCAUAAUUGAGUCAAUUCUGCUCAUACCGUGGCUUUUAUCAGUGGGAUUUUUCAAGGCUGCUUAAGAGGGGAAAGGAGGAGAAGAUUCUGGAGUUGCAGGCUGUGAUCUGCCACCUUGCCCUUGGUGCUCAUGGGCUUUUCAGCCUGCUGCUGCUGGGCCUGUCUCUAACACAGUCACUGACCCCGGCUGAGGGGUUUCUUGUUUCUCCCUUUAAAUUGUACAGGUGUCCACUUGUAGCAUGAGGGUUCAGAUGGCUCCUGCGGCUCCGACAGUGGGGGAAGCUGUGGGAAGCACAGCAGCUUGGCUCUAGUGGGCCCCAGCUGGGAUGUGUGGUGAAGAUCCUGGUGGCUCCAGACUCAUGUUGGGCAGCGUAGGCAUCUUGUGCGAUGACUCGGAAGUUUACCACUCUGUUCAGUGCCUUAGUUAUCUUUUAAUGGAUCAGCACUUUGCUUGGGCUACUUUACUUCUGUUUCUUUUUAAGAAAAUAAAUUCUUUCAACUGCAUGUCUUUGAUUUUAACAUAUUCUACGAGCUACUAGGUGCAACUUGAUGGAAGGAUCUCCAUGGGUUUGAGUGGGCAUUAAGUAGUUAGGAAAUCAUUAGACAUAAUGGGGCUUAGUGUAAUAACCUCUGCAACUACAGGUCGCUGUUAACACCUUGAAGUCUUUGAGUGUUUUACGCUGCUGGUUGUUGAAUCAUGUAUUUUAGAAGGGGGAAACCCAGCAGCCAGUCUGGGACUGUUCCCCACAUGGCAUCAGUCGCUGCUGCUGCUGCACCAGUGCAGAGCUGCUCCUGGCACUCCCAUCAUCUGACCUUCCCACUGUUUCUUCCAGAGGGUCAACAAACCUGCGUUCACCCAGGGUUUAUAAAUGAAACUACUGUCAUGACAUAGUGAAAAAUACUACUUUGAUUUCCCCCCUCAGGUAUUGAUAGCACUAUGGUAAAUGUCAUCAUAAAAACUGAGUCAAAAUGUUUUCAAAGCCUAAAGUCAAACUGUGUUUGUGGCAGUAAAAGCAACUUGAGUAAGAAAAGAUGCUUGGAUUUAAAUUCUCCCUCCAAGCUACAUCCAAGUCCUGCAGCCUCAGAACUAGAAAUACAGACUAAGCCAUGUUUAACUUCCCAAUACAAACCCCCCAUACACAUAUUGAUGCAGUGGAGCAGCGAAGGCAGCUCUGAAUGAGUUCGGGUGUUGAGGCAGAUUGGCAGCACAGGGACUGGCUUUUGAGUGAAAUUUUCAUCUCCCCUCUUAAACCCAAAAGGAAGGACCACAAUGCCAGGGGACAGGCUGCUUGGCAAAGUUUAUGGUAGUAAUAAGGGCUGAUGGGCAGCAAGUUUCUGGUGAAGCUGCAGCCAGGAGCUAUCCUCAGGUCAUAACAUUAGAUGAGUCUUGUUCAGGUGCAGAGACCAUUUUGGGCCUGGCAUGUGCAGUGGUAGGUUUGAAGUGGGCUGAGGUAUCUCUGGUGGGGAGAUCCCAGAAGGGUGAAUGCCAGCCUGCCCCGACAUCCUCCUACCUCCCUGGAGGUAGAUGGUCUCCAGCCCCCUGCAGAAGUGCCAGGAUAAGCACGUGACCUGUGGAAGGGCUGAGGCAGAACCCACCCCUGCCCCACGGGCAGGCUAUGGCACCUAUAAGCACUGCAGUGUGGAAAUAAAGGAAGGGGCUGGAGUGUCCCCAAUGGAAGGGCAGCAGCUGGAACCCCCUCACUAGGGGCUCUUGGAGCCCUGGGCAAACCUUUCAGUCUCACUUGGGAGUUUUGCUUAGGCUCUGUUGCUUGGAGACCACAAGAUCGGCCCUCAGCACCUGCCUUUGCCUCCAUGGCUGUCAUAGGUUUGGGAGGGGAAGGCAGACAGAUGCACAUUGAAUUAUCUCUGGCAAUGAGCACAGAUGAAUUGUGGCAGUGGGGCAGGUGCAAGGAGGCUGUUCCAGGCUGUUGCUGCCUCUGGCUGACCCAUGGCCUGGUGGUCAAUGUCCUGGCAGCCCUCGUGUUGCAUGGGGAGAGCAGUCAAGUGCAUGGUCAGAGGGCGACAGCCAGAAUUCUUUUUGUUACCUAGUGUCGGUUUCUUUUUUUAAUGCUAUACAUUUGAUAUAACUGAAGAUCAAUUUUAAGAGCUUACAGUAAUAUAUUUUAAGUAAUAUAUAUUUUAGUAUAUGUAAAAACAGUGGACAAAGGAAGAUUUAUGAACUAGAUGAACAAGGUAUUGGGAGUCAGCAGUUUCCCAGCAAGGCCAGGAAUAGUUUUACUAGCAGGAAAACUGACAAGAUUCUUUUUUUUUCCACUAAUGCAAUAAAAAUAGGAAUUCUUAAAAAGAAGAACUCCAGUGCUGUUUACCGCAUGCAUUUCUUGUUUUGACAACAGGCCUGUAAACGCAGUUCUGAAGAUACUAAACCUUUGUCUCUCUUUUGCCUUUUUAAAAGGGACUUAAAUUGGAAUAGAGGGUAUGUACAGAAAAAUCAAGUUGACACCAUUUUAAAAUGUAUUUUUACACAAAUAAUAUAGAAAAAAAUCAUAUUUUACAUAAGAAUUUUAAGUAUUUGAAAUAUGUAUAUAUAUACUGUAUGUACUUCAUAUAUUCUUUAUUUUACAUUUUCAAUGUAUUAAAAAGUAUUUGAGCUGGUUGGAUUUGAGCAUGUAAUAAUGUUUAAAAAAACAAAGGAAAAGCAGAAAAGAGGGGGAGAGGAGGGACGUGCUGCCCCACGCAGCAGCAGCCAUGGGGUAGCACAGGAACCAAGAGUGCCCGAGCAGCUGAAUUUUGCAAGAGUUUGGCAGUUCUGGGUCGAGCACACAGAGCAGUUUUCAGUCCUGUGUCCUGUUUGUGUUCAUUCUGCUGCAUAACCACCCCGAAUGACCUAUGAGGAGAAGACAAGGCGUUGAGGUGGAUCUUUUACCCAAGCAAUGCUACUGUUCUAGCCAAAGAGACAUACUGCUACAGAAGCUACACAACCAAAACAAAAUCAAAGCUAUUCAGUUUUGCUCUGCCACUGACAUUUUAAUGAACAGCUUGAUUUCUGAUGUGAGUAUUUUAUGAUGCUUAUGGGAAAUUCAAGCAAUAUACCAAAAGUCCAGCAAUUUCAAGGAAACACUAUCAAAGCAGAUGUGGUUAUUUUCUUAGUUUGUAGGAAUUUGGGUGAGAAUCUCCCUGGAGAGGAUGCAGCAUCUUUGCAGCUAUUAGAAAUGAAGGGGAUUCUCCUCAGGAGUGGGAUCCUUGCUCUUGUGUAGCAAUGCAGAGGGCAGCUGCAGAGCAGACCAGCAGCUCACAGAGGCGUCAGGAUUGGGCCCAGAUACACGGCGCUGCAUAUUGCCAGUGAGGCAGUGGUUUCCCUGCCUCCUGGUACUCUAUUCAGAUACUGCUUGUUCUCUAUGUACCGUCUCUGACAGACGAGGAGAGCUGCAGCCCUGUGAUUACUGGCCCAGUUCUGCAGCUCCAGAGACAAGAGUACAGAUCCCUGCUGAGGGAAAGGGGGAAGCGGCUCGUCAGCACAGGAGGUGCAGUGUGCUUGACUCAUCCCUUUUCCGUGAUGCCUUUUGGCUUAGAUAAAUCUCAGAUUACAUUUACUUCCACUUUCUCCAGCAAGCAACUGCAGGAAUCCUGUGUAUAAACCAGAGAUGUUUACAGCAGUCCUGUAUUGCUGGGACUGACAGGGAAGGAAACUGGAUGUGGGAAAACAAGAGGUGUUAACCAGUCAAGUUUUAAAAGUACAAAUCUGAAACCUGAAAAGGCAGGCAACUGGGAUUUUUAUACUGCUUCAGUUAUUAUUGGAACCUUUUUAAAGGCAAACCACGGCACCCAGUGCUUUGUCAAAACUUGCUCUGGACACACGGAGGGGCCUUCCACUCGAGAACAGUUGCACUAUAAGAAAGUCCCGCUGUUUGGGGGGUGUAUAUAUGUGGAGUUGGGAGGGGGGCUGUGCAAGUGUGUCCGUGUGUACACACAGCUAUGUUCUAGCUAGGUGUACGUGGUCACACCAGCUUCAUCUCAGUCCUCUGGUGACAGCACACCUUGCAAAGUCACCACAGACCUGAGACAGAAUUACAGCUUUUGUAUUUGUUUUCGUAUUUAAGAUAUAUAGGUUAGAAAGAAGAUAUAAUAGCAAUGUGUUUUGAGCUGCUGCACUUUUGAAAACAAAAACAUUCCUUAUUCCCCUGGUACUGCUGCAUCUCCCAUCCCUUCCCCAAUUUAAAACAAUUUAAACCUUUCAACAAUUUAAACCCAACAGGUCUGUACCUUUCAAUUAAGACCUCUCAGCUGCUGCAUUAUUGGAAAAUCUCGGCCAAGAGUGUUCCUUUGGGAGGCCAGGCCUCUGGGAUCCUUGUGGCCAAUUCCGCAGCCAUCACCAGGAAUGCAAACCACCAGGACAUGAAUAUGCCUGGUGAAGCACUCCUGCUACAGCGUGUGCAGUGGAGUGUUUCCCAGGAUUUUAACCCCACCAGUAGCUGAGACAGGACAGGUAUUACCUUGAACCUCAGGGACAGAGGUUUCAGUAACAAUUUUUUCCUCUGAUGUCUAGAGGUGCACCAAGGAUGCACCCACAAACACCCAACUUCGCUGGAUUUACAGCGCUUUCUGUUGCCGUAAAUCUCCUGUGCGAUUGUAUCACAGUCCGUUUGUAAAGUCAGGUUUGAGUGAGAUGUUGUGGCCAGGUUUGUGUGGAAAAAAGAAAGCAAUGGUAGUUCAGUGUGGUAACUUCCAGGCAUUGAAAAUCAGCACAGGCCAGUUCCAGCAAAGGAGCAACACAUCAGGGACAAAGGUGGUCUGUUGUGCUGCAGCUAUGCAUUUUGGCAAAGGUUGUUUUGUCAAGGUUUUCACUCAUUUUGCUGUAUGAUUCCACCUUAGCUUCUCACCAGCAUUAAGAGGGAUCUGAGGAGUGCUAGAAAACAGCGUCUAACCUGUCACUUGAAGAGCUGCGUGCCCCUAGGAGGCAGCACUUUGACAAGCAACAGCCUGCCCUGUGGCUUAUGUCUUACUGCGAUUCUGUUCCUCUUCCUCUCACUUCUUUUUGUCAUGUAAAACUACCUGCUUUAUAAAUGAAUGUAAAAUACAGUAGUUCUUCAGCACAUGGACAAAUGUGUAUUUUAUCUUAAUGUUUCAUUUUAUGUUAAAUAAAAAGCAUAUGAUUUUA